ACAAACGGGAGGGAGAGAAAACAAAACGCACCGUGUCGGUCUCACAGUCCCUAACCUUUUCAUUUCUCGACUCUCUUCGCAGUUUUGUCUGUAGAGGCUCUCUCUCUCUCGUGUUUCGAUAUUGCUAACCUUCUUAGUCGGUGUUUCCGAAUUAGAUCUGUUUUGGAAACAAAUCGUAAUAAUGCACGAGAAUGAUGAUGAUGUUCCGCAGGAUUCGUCUGAUUCUUCCGUAGCUGCUGAUGCAAAUGAGAAUGGUAAUAUUCCGCAGGACUCGGCCGAUUCUGUAGCUGAUGAUGGGAUUGAGAAUGAGCAAGAGCGAGAGCUUGAUCCUGACCAGAUGCAGGAAACAACAGCAUUUGUUGAUAGUAAGGAAGAUAUGUUUGUUGAUGCUCCUGAGGAGUUGAAUAUUGAUACACCUAUCAAGGGACCAGCUCUCACCACAGAUGACCAUGACACUAAUGCGAAGGAGGAGGAUAGGGAGAAGGAACUUGCAGUGUUGCAGGAACACUUUAACCUCUUGACUGCUGAGAAGAGCGAUUCCAAAGUUGAAGAAGAUGGGAACAACACCGUGGAGAUCCUCAGUCGUUUCUCUAAGUUUCUGGAGACUGCCGAGGAAGAGAAGAUUCGGCACGAGGAUGCACUCAAGGAGCUUCGAGGGGUAAUCAGUGGGAAGGACGAGGAGAUUGCUAAUCUCACCGCAAAGUCUUCUUCCUCACAGGACGAGGAGCAGCAGCUCGUGGCUGCAACAGAUAGGAUUCUGCUUUCUCUUAGCAAUGUGUUUGGGCAAGAGGAGCCGCAGCAUAGCGGCUCCUCUGUCUCUGAAAAGAUUGCUCAUCUGGAGAGCGGAGUUGCGUUUUUGAGUGCUAAGUACACCGAGUUUUACUACGGUGCUGAUCAGCUGAGGAAGUGUUUGUCUAGUGAUGAGGCGGAUCUUCGUUUCCAAGAGGAUUUUGGUUCGGCUCUCGGUGGUGCUUGCUCUCAGUUACUUGAGCUCAAAGAGAAGGAAACAUCCUUUCAUGAAAGACUUAGCCAUCUAGAAGAUGAAAACGGGAAACUGGUUGAGCAGGUGAACAGCGAUAGAGAAAUGAUUGAGUCGGUGACUGCAGAGUCUGGUAAAUUAAAGGAAGAGCUUGAGCAGGAGAAGACAAGGUGUAUCAACACGAAAGAGAAGCUCAGCAUGGCCGUAACCAAGGGGAAGGCGUUAGUUCAGAACCGGGAUGCUCUAAAGCAUCAAAUAUCUGAGAAAACAACGGAGCUCGAGAAUAGGUUGUCUGAACUACAAGAGAUGAAGACUGCCCUUGAAACUUGUGAAUUACUCAAGGGGCAGCUUGAGCAAUCUUUAGCUGAGAUGGCAGAUGAACUUGAGAAGCGCUCUACUGAACUCCGUGAUAAGUCUGUAUCCCUGGAAGCAUGUGAAGUAGCAAAGAGAGAGCUGGAACAGUCUUUAGAUGAGAAAACAAAAGAACUUGAAGAGUGUUUGGUGAAACUACAAGCAUUGGAUGAAGCUGAACUCGUCAAAGGUGAGUUAGUAAAAUCCGAAGCUAUGGUUGCAUCAUAUCAGGAAACGGUGUUUUCAAAGAGCUCAAUCAUUGAAAAUAUAGAAACCAUCUUGUCACACAUUAAUGCUAACUCCGACGAAGGUCAGUCUUUAGAUAUCAUUGAAAAGGUUAGAUCACUUGCAGAAGAGAGGGAAGAGCUCCAGAAUGUUUCUCAGGAAUACAACAGACUAAAGGAUUUGAUCUUUUCGGUUGACUUACCUGAGGAGAUCUCCGAAUCCAGCUUAGAAGCUCGCCUAACUUGGCUUAGGGAAUCAUUUUUACAGGCAAAGGAUGAAGUUAGCGCCCUGCAGAACCAGAUAGAAAGAUUAAGUAUGUCUCUUUCAGCAGAAAUGGAGGAGAAAAGUAGCAUUAGACAGGAACUUGAUGAUGUAACUUUCAGGUUUAAAACAUUGAAGGAAACUGCAGAGCGAGAUUCUUUGGAAAGAGAGGAAACUGUGAGGAAGCUUGUGGAAACCUCUGGCGUGAUGACGGAAGGAGUUGAACAUCAUACUGUUCUUGUUGAUAGAUCGUUGGACCAGAUAGUAAAGAAAAUCAGGGACUCUAGUGAGGGCUCUUAUGGCAACGAAGAGUUAUUUGAAAGAUUUCAAAGUCUCCUUUAUGCUAGUGAUGUGGAGUUGUCACUUUGUAAGGAAAUGUUAGGAGAAGAAAUGCUGGCUUGUUUGCAGGUAAACAAUCUCUCAAGUGAACUUGCUUCAGUGAAAGAAGAAAAAACUGCUUUGGAGACGGAUCUUGAGAGGUCAGAGGAGAAAUCUGCUUUGCUCAAAGACAAACUUUCCAUGGCUAUCAAGAAAGGCAAGGGACUUGUUCAGGAUAGGGAGAAGUUGAAAGCUCAGCUGGAUGAGAAGAACUCGGAAAUCGAGAAGCUGAUGCUCGAGUUGCAGGAGUUAACUGGUACGGUUGAUAGCUACAAGAAUCAGAUAGAUAUGUUAUCGGGAGACUCAGAGCGCACAAAGGAGCUAGAGGCUGAGCUUGUUGCUAUCAAGGAAGAGAGAGAUGAACUUAAGCAGUCUUUAUCUCUGAAUGACACGUUGUUGCAGAAAGUGAUGAGAGCAGUUGAAACUAUGAGUAUACCUGUUGACUUAGCAACUGAGGAUUCUUCAGAAAAGAUUGACAGACUUGUUGAGUACUUCAAGGAAGUGCAGCAGACUAGAGUAGAGGAACAAGAAGAACUGGAAAAGGCAAAAGAAGAAGCCAGUAAAUUAGCAGAAACCCUCACAGCCUUGAAGUUGGCUGAGGAUACCUUGUCUGCUGCAGAGGGUAACAUAGAUCGACUUGCUGAGGAGAAUAGGCAAGUCCAAGCUGCCAAGGAGCUUGUAGAACUUGAUCUGCAGAAAGCAGUUGGAGAGGCCUCCUCUCUGUCUAGCGAGCUGGAUGAAGUUUGUGCAACCAGGAAUACACUUGAAGCUGCACUCAUGCAGGCCGAAAGAAAUAUAUCUGAUAUCAUCAGUGAAAAGGAAGAGGCUCAAAGCAGUACCGCUACUGCAGAGAUGGAGCUAGAGAAGGUUAAAGAAGAAGUGUCAGACCAGAAUAACAAAUUAACAGAAGCACUUAUCACCAUAAAAUCACUUCAAGAUACACUUACUCAGACAGAAAGCAACAUGAAUUCACUGUCCAAACAGAUCGAAGAUGACAAAGUUCUUACUACAGAUUUGAAGAAUGAAUUAGAGGCGCUUCAAAAUGAGGUAGAGUUAGAGCGUAGCAAGAUGGCUGAGGCUUCCUUGACAAUAGGAUCCCUGGAAGAGGCACUAAUGAAGGCGGAGAAUAGCCUCUCUGUCUUACAAGGAGAAAUGGUGAAAGCUGAAGUUGAGAAAUCAACUCUGAGUAGUAAACUUAAUGUGUGCAUGGAAGAGUUAGCUGGAUCAAAUGGAAACUCCCAGAGCAAAUCUAUGGAGAUUAUUGCUCAUCUUGACAAUCUCCAAAUGGCGCUGAAGGAUGGAGGGGUAAUCUCCAGGGUGAAUGAGUUCCUUGAAAGGAAGUUUAAGAGCCUUAGAGACAUUGAUGUCAUUGCUAGAGAUAUCAUUUUAAAUUUUGGUGAGAAGGGAUUGCCUGUGGAGAUGGAAAACGUUACAGAGGAUGAUUCAACUGUGGCAAAGUCCUUGUUGAGUGGUCUUGAUGAUUCAGUGGAUACGGAGCUGGAGAAUAGCAUAGAGAAUGCAGCUGAUGAAGACGAAAUAUCUUCAUCCCUUAGGAAGAUCACAGAGGGGGUCAAGCUGAAAAACAAAAUACUCGAGAAAAACUUCGAGGUUUCCUCAACUUCCAUUGAUACACUCUUUGCGGCGUUGAUGGAAAACAUGACAGCAGCAAGGGCUGAUGUGAUAAACGUAAAGGGUCAUAACGAGUCACUGAAAGAAGAGGUGAGGAGUGGUGAAGAGAUUGUUCGCGAACAAGAAAAGACUAUAGCUGCAUUGGAAACAGAUUUGUCAGCUUUGAUGUCUGUAUGUGGCGAGGCUGCCAGGGAACUGCAGUUGGAAGUGAAAAAUGACCUCCUAGAGUUGGUUCAGUUUCAAGAAAAUGACAACGGAGGUGGUGAGACUGAAUCAACUGAACAUCCACAAGAGAUUCUUCAUGUAAGUGAAUGCGCCCGGGGAGCAAAAGAGCUAUCUUCUGCCACAGAGAAGGCAUGCACCACUCUUAAGCUCUUUGAGACAACAAGUAACGCAGCUGCUGUUCUCAUCCGAGAUAUGGAAGAAAGGCUAAAAGAAGCAUCUACCGCUCUAGAAAAGGUUGUGUUAGAAAGAGAUCUAAACCAAACCAAGGUUUCAAGUUCCGAGGCCAAGGUGGAAUCUACGGAAGCGCUUUGCCAAGAUCUGAAACUUCAGCUGGAAAAUCUCAAAGCCGAAGAAGAGAAAUGGCAUGAGAAAGAGGUGGAACUCUCUAGAUUAUAUGAUAAACUGCAGAUACAAGAGCAAGAAGCAAAGGAGAACCUAAUUCCAGCUUCUGAUAUGCGUGCUCUUUUUGACAAGAUAAAUGGUAUUGAGAUGCCUCCUUCAGUAGAUCAGGCCAAUGGAUUAGAUCCACAGAGACCAUAUGAUGUAAAGAAGCUACUCGCGAUUGUUGAUAGUGUUACUAAGAUGCAGCAUCAGAUAGACCUCUUAUCACAUGGACAAAAAGAUCUCAACUCCACCUUGGCAGAAAAGGAUCUUGAAAUUCAAGGUCUGAAGGAGGCAGCUGAAGCAAAGGAUACGACCGAGCUAGAGCUAGUGAAGGCAAAUAAAGAAUUGUCCAAGCUAAUAUCUGGCUUUGAGAAACUGCUUGGUAUGUUGGCUGGUAAUGAUCCUGCUGUAGACCUAGACUUCUCUGAGUCAUGGACACUCUUACAAGCACUAGAGAGGAAAAUAGCUUCCCUUCUCCUAGAAUCAGAGAGUUCAAAAUCAAGGGCGCAAGAACUUGGUCUGAAGUUAGUCAGCAGCGAAAAACUUGUGGAGAAAUUAGCAAUAAAAGUUGAAGAAUUUGAGGAUAAACUUCAAAGCAAAGCCAUUCAGCCUGAUGUUGUUCAUGAAAGGAGCAUCUUCGAAGCACCAAGAGUAUCUUCUACCUCAGAGAUAUCAGAGAUGGAGGACAAGGGAAAAAAAUCAAUAUCAGCUGUGCCUACAGCAGCGCAAGUGAGAGUGGUGAGGAAAGCAUCAACGGAUCAUCUAGCAAUCAACAUAGAUUCAGAGUCCGAGCAUCUGAUGAACCACAACGAAGCAGAUGAAGAUAAAGGACAUGUUUUCAAGUCUCUCAACAUGUCUGGUCUAGUUCCAACGCAAGGAAAGAUGAUAGCAGAUCGUGUCGAUGGAAUAUGGGUCUCAGGUGGAAGAGUAUUAAUGAGUCGUCCUCAAGCAAGGCUUGGCGUUAUGGUUUACAGUCUCUUGUUGCAUCUGUGGCUCCUAGCUUCCAUCUUGUAACAAGACAGGUGAUUGAUAUCUCUUAGGCCCCUCUCACAUGAAACUUACACACAACAGAACACACACAGAUUUGUUCUUUUCCCUUUCUCUCUCUUUCUAUCUUUUUUUUUUUUUUGGGGUCAAACUGUCUCUUUCUAUCUUUUCCCUAUUCUUCACAUAUUCUUUGUCGACCCGUAGGAAGAGAAUGAUAGGUGUCGCCUUGUAUAUCCUGAAUAAUGUCUCGGCCUUUUUUCAUCUAGUUCUUCAGUUUCAUAGUCCUGGAAUGUCUAAUUAGGACCCAGUACGUUCUUACAUAUUUACAGGUGGUUGUUUUGUCUUGAACAUUUGUUCCACGACUUGAGAACAGUUUUGCCUUUUGCGUCUGCUAAGACUUUUUAAGUUUUUAA